AUGGUUGGAAUUAAUAAACCAGAACCAUUCGGAACAGGUAUCAACGUUCCAUAUAAAUUACAAAAAGUUCAAUAUUUUAGAGAAAAUUUCCAAGCAUUUUUCAAAUUUACCCCAAAAAUCGUUCUUAAUUUAGUUGUUUUAGUUGGUGUUGUCCCAUUAACUUGGAUGUUUUUAGGUCAAGUUCAACAAGAUCAAAAGGUUAUUGUCAAUCGUAAAGCAAGAGAACAAUAA